AUGUUUUCGUUUGUCAAUCAAACAGUCUUUGACAUACCCAUAACGUGGAAUCGAACUAGUUUCGAAGCUACACGUGUUAAAUGUAGAAAAGCUCGAAAAUUAAUUGAAAUUAGUGUCAAUGUACAAUAUGAAAAACAAUUAAAAUAUAUUUGUCAGCAAAAUCUUGAUGUUGAAAAAACUAUCACUGAAACGAAUGAAUAUUUGCUGAAACAUGAGAAAAAAGUUCAUGUAAUUGACAAUUUAGCCGACAUGGCUUCAGAAUCAUUACCAGUGUUUUUUGAUAAACGUAUGGAAAAAAUUCGCAGCACUAUACAUGAACAUUGUAGUAUUAUUCGAAAAGUGCUCGAAGAAGAAAAUGAUUAUUGGAAAGAAAUUCAUUUUGCUAUUGAUCAAAACUUGAUUACUUCCAAUGAUAUCCAUCCAUGUAUACAAAAUAUGCAAAUGAUAAACGAAGAAAAUUGUUCGAAAUUACUGAAUGAUGAACCACAAAUAUUAAUGAACGUUGAUCAUCCUAUAUCAACUAAACAAGAAUGUAUGAGUACUGAUUUAAAUCCAAUUAACUCAAAUCGAGUUCUUCCCAGUAUCAAUCAAACAUAUGUUAUUACACUUGAAGAAACAGCAAACGAUGAAACGAACGAAACAUUGUCCAUGGCAACUUCUUCGCAUGCCCAUUUGAUAGACAUCAAUACGUCACCUAUGUAUUCUCAACCCAAUCCACCAGUGCCACUUUAUUUUUCUCCAACGAUUCUUCAAGAUGAACAAACUGAAUCCAUAAAAAGUGUUCUUUCACCACUAGAUCAAAACAUGUUCGAUUUAGUCAAGCCAAAAGUAAUAAUUAAUCGUGUUAGUCAAGAAGUUUUACUUAGUUAUUUAAAAAUGAAGCACACGAAUGAUAUUGAAAAUAAUCAUGUCCAAUAUCAGCCGAAACAGACUCAAUCAAUUCACGAAGAAUCAAAUAUUCAACAACAAAAUUCCUUUGCUUUUCCAGAACCAAUAUCAAAAAUUCGAUCAAGACCUACAAUAAAAAAUGAACCAGAAUCGAUUCAUACAUCAGAAAAUACGAAACCAAAUCGAAAACGAAAACAAUCAGUAUCAGAUGAUAAUGAUAGAACAUCGAGUACUAUCACUUUACGUAAAAGAAAACCAAUUUCUUACGUUAACAUUCAUGAGGAAACACCAAAACAAAAAGUAGCGAAAAAACAAAAAACUAAUAAAAGCAAAAAAAAAAAAGAAGAAAUACCAAUACGAGAACCAUCACCUUUACCAACCAUCAAUCGAUCGAUGCACUAUAGUACUCGUUUUUCAACGCGUUCUCAUCGACUAAAUAAUUUUACAUUGCUUGCGAAUGAUGUAGAAAGUGAAGAUGACAAUGAUAAAACGGAAUUUUAUGCUCAACAUCAAAAAAGAAUCACUAAACAAAAUGCUACCAAAUCUAAAAAAAGAUAA